AUGGACGAAGAGCGUGGCGCCGCACCGAUGGUUCUCGAGAAGCUAGAUGUUGAGGACGAGGCUGCCCGACAGUCUAGAAUCCAGUCUUUUCUCGAAAAGCUCAAUUCGCCCUCCCAAACUAGAGAUUUUUUGCGUCCUUCUGGUGUUCCUAAGUUUGAUUUUGGUGAUAGGACAACGUUCGCGACCACUCCUCCGACCGAAUUGCUUUCGAGGGUACAGGCUUUUCUGCCACAGCUGGAAGCCUCGAAUGCACUACUAUCUCAGAAAAUGCAAGAGGAUUCAAGCAGUGUUGACAUUGAGCAUAUCUCAGAGGGGAUCGACCGGUAUAUCGAGAUGAAUCUCGGGCUCGGGCUCUUUGAGGAUCGAUCGAGUCGUAGGGAUCACCCAAACGAAGAUACUGAGAUGUCGGCUUCGUCAACCUCUUCAUCUGAGUCUUCGGAUAAAGUUCAGGAAGAUGACUCAGAUUUCGACUCUGACGCGUCUUCCGAGAUUAUUACCUGCUUUGUUCCCUGGCGUCCGAUCAAACCUCUUCCUCGACGCGCUUUAAACAAGCGUCCAGAAAUCAUCGUCCUCGACCAGAAGGAUUCUUGA